UCAACUUUUUAAAUGUUUGACAUAAAAGAAUAGAUCCGCGUGAGUAUUUAAAUGCAGCAGAUGUUUAUUAUAUUCUUUGUUAUUUUACUAAAAGUUUGUAGUUAAAGUAGAUUAAAAUGGAGGCCGAAGAAGAUACAAGAGAAACGUCAUCGUUUCUCAGUGCAAAAGCAAAUGUUCAAUCAACUCCACUCAUUGAAAAUAUUGACAAUGAUCCAAAAGGAAAAAAAAUAUUUUAUGCAGUAAUUGGAUGUCUUGAGUUAGUUGGUAUUUUAUGUUUUAUAUUAAUUUUGUGUUGGACUAAACAUUAUUUUGGUGGUUAUGCUUGGGAUGGAACUGGAAAAGAAUUCAAUCUUCAUCCUGUUUUUAUGGUGACGGGGAUGGUUUUGUUGUAUGGAAAUGCUGCCAUUGCAUACAGAGUUUUUCGAAAUCAGAACAAGUUAAAGAUAAAAAUACUUCAUGGUUUGAUUCAACUGGGUGUCUUUAUAUUUGCUGUGAUAGGUUUAAUUGCUGUUUUUGAUUUUCACAAUGCAAUGAAAAUACCCAACAUGUAUAGCUUGCAUAGUUGGAUUGGAAUUGGCACAGUAGGCUUAUUUGCAUGUCAGCUUUUGUUCGGUUUUGUUGGCUUUCUCUAUCCAAAAUUUUCUGAUGAUUAUCGCCGAAUAUAUUUGAAAAUACAUGUUUAUUUUGGAAUAAUCAUCUUUGCUUUGGCUAUUGCAGCAUGCGUUACUGGUCUCACUGAAAAAAUGCUAUUUAGUUCGUACGCAUCGCAAUGGAAAGAGUUGAAAGGCGCAGGAUUGGUCGCCAAUGUAUUAACAGUUAGUCUUAUCGUAUUUGGCAUGUUAGUCUCGUUUGUUUUAUACAAUCCGUCGUACAAAAGAGCAGCCGAAUAUAUUGACUUAAACUAGGUUGCUAUAAAAAGUUUGUCUAUCGUGUCACUAUUUAUCUUAUAUUAUCCCAAAUGCAUCUUUUAGGUCUUUAAA